CAAGAGCUGACAGCUCCCGGCCCCGGCGGCUCCCUGGGAGGGCGCGCCCGAGCUCCCUCCCGCGCCCUGCCUGUCCCGGGACAAAGAUGAUGAUCCCUCCGGGAGAGUGCACGUACGCAGGCAGGAAGAGAAGGAAGCCCGUUCAGAAGCGGAGGCCUUCCAUGGGGGCCGAGAAGUCAAACCCUUCCAAGAGGCACCGCGAUCGCCUCAAUGCCGAGCUGGACCACCUGGCCAGCCUGUUGCCCUUUCCGCCCGACGUCAUCUCCAAGCUGGACAAGCUGUCCGUCCUGCGCCUCAGCGUUAGCUACCUCAGGGUGAAGAGUUUCUUCCAAGCCUUGCAGGAGAUGCGGGCACUGCCAGCCCGGGCCUUCUCAUCCGGAGACUGCCCACAGGGAGCGUUCCCGGUGCAGGAGGGACGGCUGCUGCUGGAGUCUCUCAAUGGCUUUGCCCUGGUCGUGAGUGCGGAAGGGAUGAUCUUUUACGCGUCAGCAACAAUCGCAGACUAUCUGGGCUUCCACCAGACAGACGUGAUGCACCAAAACAUUUAUGACUACAUCCACGUGGACGACCGCCAUGAUUUCCGCCGGCAGCUGCACUGGGCCAUGGACCCUCCACGGGUGGUGUUUGGUCAGUCCCCGCGCACUGAGACAGAUGACACCAUCUUGGGGAGACUGCUCAGGGCCCAGGAGGGAGGCGAGGGCCCGCCCUCCGAGUACUGCGCCUUCCUGACCCGCUGCUUCAUCUGCCGGGUGCGUUGCCUCCUGGACAGCACGUCGGGCUUCCUGACGAUGCAGUUCCAAGGAAAACUGAAGUUCCUGUUUGGACAGAAGAAGAGGAACCCAUCGGGGACGGCUGUGCCCCCUCGGCUCUCUCUGUUCUGCACCGUGGUGCCAGUCUUGCCCUCUGCAGCUGAGAUGAAGAUGAAGAGCGUGCUCUUUAGAGCGAAGCACAGGGCCGACGUGCCCGCCGCCGUGGAACCACGGGCAAAAGUGAUGAAUAUGUAUGAAUCCGAGUUGCAUCAAGAACCCAAUUACUUAGCAGCACGGAGCGCUGGAGAAAAUGGAGAAAACAACAUCUCUGUGUUCAGGGCACAAGCAGACGGGGCCCACUGGGGCUGUGGUCUACCCAGGACCCCAUGCCUGUGCCUCAGAGGUGGUCCUGGACUCCUCAUGGACCCCAAGGGGGCUUCAGGGGACAGGGAAGAAGAGGAAAGGGAAGUGGUGCUGAGCGGCUGCCCAGGAGCCAGGAGCCGGAGGGAGAGGCACAGGAGGCACAACUGCUGUCUGGAGAUGCCAGCCCCCUCGAGGGACCCGACCUGGGCCACAGAACAGUGUGGACAGGAGAGCGGCGCCAAGCUGAGUCUACAGCCGGGUAGGAACGAGCUGUCCACGCGUCCAGCAUCCCAUGGCUCGUGUGUGCCCUACCCUGGCACCCAGGGCAUGUGCAGUUCCAGCAGCAUGGCUGCUUUCAGAGGGUCACUGGACCACCCCCCUGGGGCUUACUGCGGCAGGAUGAGCAGACCCGUGAGGGACAUCUAUCUGGGCCAAGGGAGGCCGCCCACCUGCCAUGUCCCCCAGGGCAGCGUGGGGGCCAGGCUCUGUCCUCCCAAAGUGCAGUGCUUCGCAGCCAGGGGAUAUUCCGCGGAGGAUGCAAAGUUGCCCGGCCUGCCCAUCGCUGUGGGCACCCCCUGUAAUCCAGUACUGUCGCUGGAAGUGCCCAUCAAGCUGGAAAAUGAGCCCGCGUCCCAGGACACCCAGGAAAGCCGAUGCCCUCCCAGCAGCAGGCUGUGGCUGGGAGCCGCCGGCGAUGCGGCCAGGAGGCAUCUCGUGAGCUUCCCUACCAGAGUGCAUCUGAAGACAGAGCCCAAGUACAGGCACCAGGUCUGUGCCCCUCUCACUGGGCACGAAAUGCUAGGGACUCACGCAUACAGCAGGACCACUUCCAGAUCCUGCAGGGAGCUGACCGCUCUCUGCCCUGCCCAUUGCACCUGCCUGGAGCCGCAGCCUCCCCACCGCCUCUGCACGUGGGGCCACAGUACCGACGGCCAGCACCCCGCUGCGGGCUGUGACUGCAGACCUCCUGGGGCCACCCCUGUGAUCAAGAGCGAGCCCCUGGACGCGUCCCCGUGGGCCGCUCCUGGCCAGGUCGCUGUGCCCGGGACACUCCCUAAGAGGGCCUCCACGGCCCGCAUCAUACCCGGGACCUCCGAAGGAGCCUUCCUACCCUAA